GGAGGUGCCGGGCGGGCUCGGGGCGCGGGCAGGAAGCGGGGAGGGGCGCCGAGGCGGGGGCCUCCGGAAAAACGCCCCAACUUCCUGCCCCGCCGAGCCAGGAAGCGGGAGCCGGGACGCAGGGCCGGGAUCGCCGAGCCCGACCUCCGGCGCCCCGCCGGCCACCUCCCCGCGCCGACACCAGGUGAGGGACGCGGCCUCCGGCGGACAUAAGACCCUAACUCUGCAAGUCAUCCCUGGCUGUGCCCAGCGCCACUUCCACUGAAGGACUUGGGGCCGGUGUAGACCCGCCACGUCUCAUACCAGAUUUGGGCCCUGCAGAGCCCUGGAGAUGGAAGACGUCGCCCCUCGGGCGGCCCCAGGGCUCCCCCGGCCUGGCCUUGUACCUGUCAGCAUCAUCGGGGCUGAGGAUGAGGAUUUUGAGAAUGAGCUGGAGACGCACUCAGAGGAGCAGAACAGCCAGUUCCAGAGCCUGGAGCAGGUGAAGCGGCGCCCAGCUCACCUCAUGGCCCUCCUGCAGCACGUGGCCCUGCAGUUCGAGCCAGGACCUCUGCUUUGCUGCCUGCACGUGGACAUGCUAUGCUCGCUGGGCCCCAAGGAGGCCAAGAAGGCUUUUGUUGACUUCUACCACAGCUUCCUGGACAAGACUGCGGUGCUUCGGGUACCAGUCCCUUCCAGUGUAGCCUUUGAACUCGACCGCACACGGCCGGAUCUCAUCUCUGAGGACGUCCAGCGGCGGUUCCUGCAGGAGGUGGUGCAAUUCCAGCAGGCAGCUGUGAGCCGGCAGCUGGAGGACUUCCGCUCCAAGCGACUCAUGGGCAUGACUCUGUGGGAGCAGGAGCUGUCCCAGCUAGAGGCCUGGGUCGGGCGUGACAGAGCCAGCUAUGAGGCCCGGGAGCGGCAUGUGGCUGAGCGGCUGCUGAGCCACCUGGAGGAGAUUCAACAUACCAUCUCUAAUGAUGAAGACAAGAGUGCUGCUGUGGUCACCGCCAUCAGCCUUUACAUGCGUCACCUUGGGGUCCGGACCAAGAGCGGGGAUAAGAAGUCGGGGAGGAACUUCUUCCGGAAAAAGGUGAUGGGGAACCGGCGGUCAGAUGAGCCUCCCAAGACUAAGAAAGGACUGAGCAGUAUCCUAGAUGCUGCCCGCUGGAACCGAGGAGAGAACCAGGCUCCAGAUUUUCGACACCUCAAAAGCGAGGUUGAUGCUGAGAAACCAGGCCCUAUAGACCGGAAGGGAGGCCUGGGGGCCUCCUCUCGGGACCGGAAUGUAGGGGGGCCUGGCCAGGACACAUCUGGAGUGUCUGUGCACCCUCUUUCUGGGGACAGUCCAGACCGGGAACCUGGUGUAGAUGCCCCGCUGGAACUGGGGGACCCGCCCCCACAGGGCCCCAUGAGCCUGGAACCUUUGGUGCCCCCCGAGAGCACAGAGGAGGGUGCAGAGACAGAGAGAAAGUGGAAGAGGCUAUCAGGGCGUCUGGGGCGCUCAGAGAGCCUGCGGGUGAGUGACCGCCGCCGGCCUUCCCGGGGCAGCCUCGGGGCCAAGGGCCGGGGUGGGGGCCGCUCCCGGAGCGACGUGGACAUGGACCCCAGCUCCGCCACAGCUGUGCUUGGCCCUGCCCGACGAGCCACCCCGGAGCCUGGAGAUGAAGGGGAGCCAGGGCGGUCAGGACUGGAGCUGGAGCCAGAGGAGCCCCCUGGCUGGCGGGAGCUCGUUCCUCCAGACACCCUGCUCAGCCUGCCCAAGAGCCAGGUGAAGCGGCAGGAGGUCAUCAGCGAGCUGCUGGUGACGGAGGCAGCCCAUGUGCGCAUGCUGCGGGUGCUGCACGACCUCUUUUAUCAGCCCAUCGCAGAAGGAGGCUUCUUCCUCCUGGAUGACCUGCAGUACAUCUUCCCCAGCCUAGACGAGCUCAUCGAGGUGCACUCCCUGUUCCUUGAUCAUCUGAUGAAGCGGAGACAGGAAAGUGGCUACCUCAUUGAGGAGAUUGGUGAUGUGCUGCUGGCCCGGUUUGAUGGUGCCGAGGGCUCCUGGUUCCAGAAAAUCUCCUCCCGCUUCUGCAGCCGCCAGUCAUUUGCCUUAGAGCAGCUCAAAGCCAAACAGCGGAAGGAGCCUCGCUUCUGUGCUUUUGUGCAGGAAGCUGAGAGCCGCCCGCGAUGCCGCCGCCUACAGCUAAAGGACAUGAUCCCCACUGAGAUGCAGCGGCUGACCAAGUAUCCCCUGCUGCUGCAGAGCAUCGCGCAGAACACAGAAGAGCCCAAGGAGCGAGAGAAAGUGGAGCAGGCAGCUGAGUGCUGCCGGCUCAUCCUGCACCAUGUCAACCAAGAAGUGCGUGACACGGAGGACAAGCUGCGGCUCAGGGAUUAUCAGCGGCGCCUGGACUUGUCCCACCUACGGCAGAGCAACGACCCCAUGCUGAGCGAGUUCAAGAAUCUGGACAUCACCAAAAAGAAGUUGGUCCAUGAGGGCCCACUGACGUGGCGGGUGACCAAGGACAAGGCUGUGGAGGUCCACGUGCUGCUGCUCGGCGACCUGCUGCUGCUGCUCCAGCGCCAGGAUGAGCGGCUGCUGCUCAAGUCACACAGCCGGACGCUCACGCCCACACCGGACGGCAAGACCAUGCUGCGGCCUGUGCUGCGGCUCACUUCUGCCAUGACCCGAGAGGUGGCUACUGAUCACAAAGCUUUCUACGUCAUUUUUACCUGGGACCAGGACGCCCAGAUAUACGAGCUGGUAGCACAGACAGUGUCGGAGCGGAAGAACUGGUGUGCCCUCAUCACCGAAACCGCUGGAUCCCUGAAAGUCCCUGCCCCUGCCUCCCGCCCUAAGCCCCGGCCCAGCCCAAGCAGCACCCGAGAACCCCUGCUCAGCAGCUCUGAGAAUGGCAACGGUGGCCGAGAGGUGCCUCCAGCCGAUGCCCAGACUGAGAGACUACUCAGCGACCUCCUGCCCUUCUGCAGACCAGGCCCUGAGGGGCAGCUUGCGGCCACGGCCCUACAGAAAGGACUUAGAAGAGGAAGUUUGCCGCCUGCGGCCCCUCCUGGCUCAGCUCGGGGGGAACCCUGUCCCUCAGCCUGGCUGUACAUGAGGCCCCUGCCCACGCAGGCCUUUCAAAAGGAAGAGUUGAACAGGGGAGAGGAGGAGAGGGGGCUCCCCACCCCAACACUGGUGGUGGCAGCACCUCACACCCCAAGGACCUGAGGAGACAGCACCAGGGCGAGGCUCCCAGGAGGGCCACGCCUGGGAGGAGCCAGCUGCGGUCCCUGCCUCCUUUACCUGCCUCACACAGCCUUCCUGCCCUCCUGCCUUCUGCUUGGGGGACUCAGGGCUUCAUUUCGGGGGUUCCACCAUGACCCCCAUUUCCCUGGCCAUCUCAGUAUUGCCUGUAGAGGCCACCCUUCACACACCCCCAAGUGCCUUCGCUGUUUUUAUACCCUGAAUUGGAGGUUUAUUUUUUAAUAUAUAUUAUCUAAGCAGA